AUGAAGCUUGGGUGGAACCUUACGAGCCGGCUUGAUCGGAAGCUGACGUCGUCAGGGACUAAGGCGCAGUGGCGGUCGGGGCCGUGGAACGGCCUCUACUUCAGCGGCGUGCCUCGGAGUCUGACGGAGAGCUUCGUGGGUUACUAUAUGCUGGUAAGCUCCGAAGAAGUGGCGCACUCGUACUUCCUCCACAACCCGUCAGUGAUCAUGAUGCAGGUUCUGACGCCGUCAGGGUUGAUGAGCGGCGAGUUGUGGAGUGAGUCGGCCCAGUCAUGGAUCGUGCAGUCGUGCAUGCCGAUGGAUCGCUGCGACAGAGUGUCCCCCUGCGGACCCAACGCCGACACCUCCGACGGUUGCGUGCGCACCACGGCGUUGGAUUGCAGUAACGACACCGACGGGUUCUUCAGGAAGAACAGCGUGAAGUUGCCGGACACGUCGUCGUCGUCGUCGUCGGUGAACCGGAGCAUGAGUCUGGAAGAGUGCCAAACCUGGUGCUUGAAGAAUUGCUCCUGCACAGGCUACACCGCUUCCAACAUUAGCAGCAGCGGCACCGGCCGUGGCCGUGGCUGCAUCAUUUGGACAUCCGACCUGGCCGAUAUCAGAUACUUCGACGACACCUCGUAUCAAGACAUGUACGUCAGGCUAGCGGCCGCCGACCUCGCUGCAGCCACGGAACCCAACGCUCACAACGGUCGAAGUCGAGUGACUGUGAUCGUCCUCGCCGUCUCUUUCGUGUCAACUUUUCUCCUGGCAGGUGUUGUUGGUUCUGUAUGGCUAUCAAAGAAAAGAAAGAGCGACACCGAUGAAGCAUCACAAGCGACAGGUGAAGACUUCGAUCUGCCAUUAUUUGACUUAUCUACAAUCGCAGAGGCCACUGCCAACUUUUCAGUUGGUAACAAGCUUGGAGAGGGUGGAUUUGGUCCGGUUUACAUGAAAUUAUGGGAGAAGAAAAAAGAAUUAUAUAAGGAAAAAAAUAUGGAAGAGGAGAAAUAA